AUGCUACAGGAAAGCUAUAUCGAACGAGAAGCUAUUGUCGAUGCUUGUGGGAACAUUGGCAAGCAUUUCACCGAACAAUUGCUGAAGGCCGGAAAACACACGGUCACAGCCAUCACGCGACUUGGCAGCGCUAGUUCCCUACUGGAGGCCCAUACCAACAUCGUCAAGGCAGCUUCCGAGGCGGGUGUGCUCUACAUCAUGCCAAAUGUCUAUGGCUCAGAUAUUCAAAACGAAGAGCUGCGUAAGGAGGACCUCUACAGUGACUAG